AUGGGUCGUGUGAUUCGGGCUCAGCGUAAAGGUGCCGGUUCAGUUUUCGUGUCACAUACCAAGAAGAGGAAAGGAGCACCAAAGCUCCGAUCUUUGGACUAUGCUGAACGUCAUGGCUACAUUAAGGGAGUAGUUAAGGACAUCAUUCAUGACCCCGGUAGAGGUGCACCGUUAGCGGUUGUGCACUUCCGUGACCCCUACAAGUUUAAGACGCGUAAAGAACUCUUCAUCGCACCUGAGGGUCUUUAUACUGGACAAUUCGUUUACUGCGGCAAGAAAGCCACACUUGAAGUUGGAAAUGUGAUGCCAGUGGGAGCUAUGCCUGAGGGUACCAUUGUGUGCAACCUUGAAGAGAAGAUGGGUGACCGAGGUCGGUUGGCUCGUGCCUCUGGUAACUUUGCUACUGUUAUCGGCCACAACCCUGAUGCCAAACGCACAAGGGUGAAGCUGCCAUCCGGUGCAAAGAAAGUUCUGCCUUCAAGCAACAGAGGAAUGGUUGGUAUCGUCGCUGGUGGUGGACGUAUCGACAAGCCAAUCCUUAAGGCCGGUCGUGCAUACCACAAGUACAAGGUGAAGCGUAACUGCUGGCCGUAUGUACGUGGUGUGUCCAUGAACCCAGUAGAGCAUCCUCACGGAGGUGGUAACCAUCAACACAUUGGUAAGGCUUCGACUGUCAAGAGAGGUACAUCCGCUGGUCGCAAGGUCGGUCUCAUCGCCGCCCGCAGGACCGGAAGAAUUCGUGGAGGCAAGACCGAGACAAAGAAGGAGGCCUAA